GUUGAGCGAACCGUGCCUUUUGCUGUCGAUGAGCCUGUCUUUACGGUCCCUGAGCCAGGCGCUAACGUUGCCCAAGCCCAAGCAGGUGCCUUCGUUGACAUCCAGUGUCUGGUCUAUGCUCCUGAUUAUAUCCCAGACAUGCUCUUGGUCUCUUUGGCCAUCCCAUGCAGCGUGGAGCACGCCAGUGCCGCCUUUGAGGACGUCAGGGAUGCCAGCCAAGCGCAAUGCUUUGACCUGGUUUUCCCGGCAGCCCCUCAGCCAGCACGCCACUGUGCGGUGUAUGUGGCUGCACCCGCUUGGUGCGUUGACAGGGUCGUUGUGCUUUUCAACCUUCUCGCUCUGGACAGGAGUAUCUUCUCAGCGGCGGUCCCCCUCAGGCUCAACAAGGCAUCCUUGUUACUUGUUGCUGGGAGAACUGCGCCUGCCGAGUAUGAUGUCUUUGUUCACGGCCUUGUGCAGCCCUUGGAACCAGAUCUGUGGAUUGAGCUGCGACAUGGCCUCACUGUGGCUGUUGUUCCUGCGGGGCAAGGCCCACCUCACGGAUGGAUUCUCUCUGAGAUGUUGCAGGAAUCAGGGGGCUGGAACCACCGCGAGGAGAUUUUGGGACCAGGCGGAGGCCGCAGACGGUCCGUUCGCACGGAUAUCUUCGAAGCCCUGGACUACCAACCUUGGCGGGCCACUCUUAAGCCCAGUACCCCGCGGGUGGGGGACCACAUGGCUUGUGGCUUCAUAUCAAGUGGCGUGCUGGUCGCCGCAGAAGCUUUGUCCUGUGUACCAUGGCCACCCGCAAGAGUUCGUGAGCACAGGCGUGUCUUGAUCCUUGAUUGCCGCCCCGUACUUCAAGCAUUUCGAUGGCGACUUGUUGAUCAGGAUUUUGUCUCGCUUCAAGUGCUUGCUGAUCAGUUCCUGCAUACCUGCCCGGACUCUCAUCUUGUCGCCUUCAAGGGCGCUGACAUUAUUGAGACGCCCGAAGGUUUGGGGAUUAUGGUUAGCCAGGGUUUGAUCAUCAGAGUUGAGUUCCAACCUGAAGAUACCACAACAGAGUCGGCUUCUGCAGUGCUGGCUACUUUCUCUGAGUCCGAUGGUAUGAGCCUUCCUGGUGCCGACCCUCUGGAGUCCCCCGGCCAGGGUGCGGCCGUGAGUCUGGCCGGUGAGAAUGACCGUAGUCGGUCACCCCGACUCUCAGAUGAUGCACCACAUGAUGUUGAGCAGCCCUCAAUGCUUCCAACUGGUACAGGCCUUCCUACGGACCGCGGUGAGUCCGAUGCGUCACCGCUGGCUGAUUGCCCAGUCCAAGUGCACACUGCUUUCGCUAUCUUGAUGCCAGGCUUUGUUUCUGAGUCAGUUGAGGUCACCUUAUCUGUGCCCACUACAGUUACAGCGGCCCUGGCCUGUGUCCAGGCCCAUCGUGACGUUCGUCGGGCAUACGACUUCCCACGCCUUGUGCCGACCAUUGUCCAGCCGGACCCGUGUUGGGGCCUUUUGCUCGCGUGCCCUCAGUGGACUCACGGUGCCGUCAGCGUCUGCAUUGAUAUGUAUGCGUACAGGCAUCGUGUCUUCCACGUUGUUGGGCCUGCCUGUGUCAAUCGGGACAUUCUCCUUGAUCUCGCGGGCCUUUCCCCUGAGGCGCACGUUGAUGUCUUCUGCGAUAUGCAAGGGCCCUUGGCGCGUUCUGGAACAGUUGACUUGCGGGAUGGCAGCACAAUCACCAUUACGGAGCAAGGUGGUGCGGCUCCUUGGAGUGCGCCCUUGGCCAGCAUGCUCUGUACGCACUUGCCGUGGCACGUUGGCCCUGCCUUUAAUUUUCUUGAUGAUGUCGACCACUACUGGCUUGCUUGUGCAGACGGUGCUCAUGCCUUUGCGCUACUACCGAAUCGAUCCUCCUUCUAUAAGGCGGAUAUUGCUGUCAAGCUUCGGUGCAACCCUCGUGCCCUUAGCCUCACGCCAGCCAGGCCUCUCCCGGUCGAUGCCGCCAUUUUUGGGUUCCCCUGCCACUCCGUGGUGGCAGCUAUUGACAGGAGCGCUUUGGCUUUCAACGACAGCCCUUCUGUCGGCCUUCUUGAUGCGCGGUGCCUGCUCAGGGGAUGGAUCCCCCUUGUAUCUCUAGACGGUUGGGUCGACCAGAGAUCACUCUUAGCCGGUGUGUGUCCCUGCCUCGCUGCACCCUGGGUCGCUUUGAUCUGGGGGUAUGAGGAUGGCCGCAGAUGGAUAUACGUGGAAGACGGUGAGGUCCUUGUGGCCUAUUGCCGUCCGCGACUCGAGUCAGAUGACGGCCACACCACUGCUACUGCCUCGGGGCAGCUUGACGGUCAGCCGGCACCCUUGGUCAGGCGUCAAGCUCCCUCCGGCCAUGGCUCUCCGCUAGCAGACCAACGCAGUGGGCGUGUACUUCAGGCCACUGUUGGCCUCACAUUGCUGGGUGCCGGUGAUGCUUGUGAUAUUUGGACCUGUGCUGCUGCAGAGUCUCCCAAUGCACUUGGAGUUGUAGAAGUCAUGUGGCGCAUCGCUCAACAUUGGAGUGCUGUUGUUGACAGCAAGCGAUGCCUCACCCCUAUCCUCCUCCUUAUUGCUUUUGGGCUGAUCGGCUACGGCGGUGCCGUACUCAGCCAAUACGCACUACCUGGCUCUGGUCAUGCAUGCGACCCGAGAAGUAGCCGGCCAAUAGGGACCCUGACAAACAAAGCUGAGGCCGCCCGGCGAGAUAGGCGCCAUGUGAUACUUACGAGCCCCUUGCUUUUGGCGCUCGUGGUAAGUGCCAUUGCCAUGGACUCGACCUUGGUUUUUUGCACUGGUGCGGUGUUCUUCGGCUUGGUGCCCAUGCACUCUUGCGGAUUUCACCUUUUCUGUGCUGCGUCGGUUUUUGCAACCCAUGGACAGGCCGCGCCGACAGCACCAAUCCCCCUUCAGCAAACGUGUGCAGAGCGGGUGGUCCCGGUUCUCUCCCGUGCGAGUGCCUAUGGUAAGUUCCAGCAGCAGGUCCCACGAGCACGUCGGCCUCUGCCCACCCCGUGUCGAGGGCCCAUUGUGCGUCCUCUUUGGGACCAAUACUCAACUGAUCCGCUGACCGGUGAAAUGGUUACCCUAUUGCAGCAGAGUUGUCGGCAGAUGCAGGGGUAUCCCUUGUAUGAGGCAGCCACUUUGCUUGAGACUCUCAUGCAGCAUCGUCGUCAACCCAUGCCGCCAGCCGGCCACCCCGGGAUGCCUGGACCCGUGCGUUUGAGCCUUCAGUCCAUGCUCCCUGACAGCCAAUCAACCACCCCAGCUCGCCCUGCUGUUCAGCAGGUCCAACGCCAUGCGUUUUUCUUUCCUGCGCUCCCGGAGCAUGCGUCUGCUGAUUCGUAUCUAUGCAUUGGCAGUACGGAGCUUGGCUUUACUGUUGGCCAACUGAACAAUUUCCUUUCCGCCCCUGCUGAUCUUAAUAGCUGGGCUGAUGUCGAAGAGCUGGGAGCACCGAUUUCUAAGUUCAGCGGGUGCGCUCAGCAGGCUGCUAUGGCUUCCUUGUCCAAUGAGGUUGGGCGAGAUGACGUAGUGCUUUAUACCGACGGAUCUUUCUUUCCCCCCUCUAGCACCUCUCACGCCCGUGCUGGCUGGGCAGUCAUUUGUGUUGACAUGACCACUCAGGAGGUGUCUCUGUCCUUCGGGCAAAUACCACAGUUCCUGUGUGCCGAAAGCGAGCGGCCCACACCUUACCUCGCUGAAUGCGCGGGUUUGCUCGCGGCAGGUGUGCUUCGCACCAACCUGUUUUAUCGCCGUAGGGUGCACUUCAGAUCUGAUUGCGUUUCUGCCCUCGAUGCGGCUGCGGGGCGCUGCACAUUUCAGCUCGAAGGGCUCCCGCGUGUCAUGGGCGCGGCCCAUGCUUUUCUGCAGCUGGCCAUCGGCCAAGAAGAUGUCUACACGUACACGCCAGGCCAUGCUGGCAUUUGGGGGAACGAAAUUGCCGAUGUUGUCUCCAAAUUCGCGGCCCGGAGGCAUAGGGUCUCCUGUGGAGUUGUGGCCAGCCGGAGCAGCAUCUCUUUCUGGUUAGACCCCGUGCAUCCGCGUAUGGAGCGGGCGGCCAUUGUUGUUGCCCGACUUAGGGGCAACUCAGCCCUCCCUCCUGUGAAUGACAUGGGUCUCCACCGACCCCAGCCCCCCCCUGGCGCGGAUGGCCAGCCACGGUGUGCUACCCUCAAUCUCAAAUGUGCUUCCUUCAACGUCUUGUCUCUUGGACCUGGUGCGGAGGAAGGCCUCGCGUACCAGCCGGCCAGAGCGGCCCUCCUAGCUGACCAGUUGGCCAAGGGUGGCAUACAUGUCGCGAUGCUCCAGGAAACUCGGGCUGCCGAAGGCAUGUCUGUUUGUGGCCCCUUUUUGCGCUAUGCCUCCGGAUCUGUGCGCGGGCAAUUUGGUACCGAGAUAUGGCUCCGAGCUGGCCACCCUCUUGUCACUAAGACUGCCGGACCGGAUGGCACUGUAAGCGUAGAGACCUUCCGCAAGGAGGCUAUCGCCGUCCUUAUGGUUGACACUCGUCGGGUUCUUCUCCGAUUUUCUGGCAGAGACAUCUCAAUUCUUUUCGUUGCUUUUCAUGCCCCCCACAGAGCCACGGAAGCCUGUCUUGUGGACUCCUGGUGGGCCGAAACCAAGCGUCUUAUACGACAGCACCGCAGAGACUCCUUGGUUGUCUUGGGUGGAGACUGCAACGCAUCUGUGGGAAGUGUCGUUUCUAGCCAUAUUGGCCGGCCUUUAGCUGCUGAGUCUGAAGAUAUUCCAGGAGAGCACCUCCAUGUUCUGCUGGCCGACUCGGACCUGUGGCUGCCUGCCACCUUUGAUUCCUGUCAUACCGGAGAGACUCACACCUACACCCAUAAAAAUGGCAAGCACACCUGCAGGCCUGACUUCGUUGCAAUCCCGGAGCUCUGGGCUCGAGGCCGGGUCACCUCCUGGUGUGAUCCAAGCAUUCAUGCAGCUCAUUCCACUCCUGACCAUGUGGCUGUCUGUGUCGGUGUGACCCUCCACAUGAGAGAAGGGGUCCGGUCUGGGUCUCUCUGCAGGCGUGCCAAUCCCGUCAACGUGGUUGCUGAUCCUGACUGUCAGACCCGCAUUGCGACACUCCUCAAGGAGGCCCCUUGUAUUCCGUGGGGAGUCUCCGUGCACGCGCACGCUGCCAUUCUCGCAGAUCAUGUCCAAUCGGGCCUUGCCAAUAUCAGUACGAAACAUGUGCGUAGACCGCAUCAUGCCUACAUCACAGAUGAGACUUGGGGCCUCCAGCGCCAGGUUGCGCGUAUGAGACGCGAACUCCAUCGCCUCACGGGCCGCAUCGCCCAUCACACUCUGGCAGCCAGUUUUGCGGCUUGGCGUUUGCGCAUCAGCUUUGUGCACGCGGCUGACACGGGCCGCCAAUGGUUCACCAGGGCUGACAAUGUCCGUACGCACCUUCAGCAGCAGCUUAAGGCGGGCUGUGCUGCGCUGCGAAAAGCCUGCCGCAAGGACCGUGAUGCUCACAUCUCUGCCCUGGCCCAGACCAUCGCGACGGCCCCAACCAAAGACGCAUAUGCGGCUCUACACCGCGUGCUUGCUCACCGGCGCAAGAAACCUUUUAGUCUGGACCCGUUGCCAAUGAUACACCAGGGUGACGGGACGGCCUGUGCAGACGCCCAUGAGCUUCAAACUCGUUGGAGGGAGCAUUUUGCCAAUCUUGAGCUUCAAACUCGUUGGAGGGAGCAUUUUGCCAAUCUUGAGGCCGGAAGGCCGACCUCCUUCGAGACCCUGGCCGAUAGCAUACCAGACUAUGGCGGCGGGGAAGGGGUUCAUCCACCCUGCAUCACUGACGUUCCCAGUUUCCCCCUCUUUCGUAGAGUGCUGGCAGCCACGAAGUCUGGGCGUGCCCCAGGGAUGGACGCCCUGCCACCAGAGCUGAACCGACUCUUUCCAAAUGAGUCGGCUCAUCUUUUAUUCCCGCUGCUACUGAAGAUUGCGUGGCAGUGUCAAGAACCCAUGGGCUUUAAAGGCGGGCAGGCAGUCACCCUGUAUAAGGGUAAGGGAUGCCGAGCCACUUGCUCUUCUUUCCGGUCCAUCCUUCUCAUGUGCACCUGGGCCAAAUCUAUGCACCAAGCCCUCCGCCCUGCCCUACGUUCGGUGUUUGAUCGCUCCGCUUUGCCGAUGCAGAUAGGAGGCCGCAUUGGUUGCAGCGUUACUUUUGGUUCGUAUGCCCUGCGUUCCACAAUCAGGGUGCUUUCCGGGCAGGGCAGAGCCUGUUACGUCUUGUUUGCAGAUAUUUCGGCUGCUUUCUACACGGCUCUUUUGCAGCUUAUUGCUAGCCGACCGGGCCUUGAUGAUCAGUCUGGUUUCGACAGGGCGCUCGAAGGUCUCCAGCUUCCUGCUGAGGCCCUUCAGGAAGUUCGGAAUCACCUGUGCGACUUUUCGGCCCUUUCCACGGCCAAUGCGUCGACCUGGCUGGAGCAUCUGGCCCUCAAUGUAGGCACCCAGAAUUGGUUUCUCCUUGUCGGAGACGAUAAGCCUGUUCAAACAGGCCGUGGAACCAGACCCGGCAGCUCCUGGGCAGACGUUUUGUUCGCCAUUCUGAUCCCGCGCAUCCUUGGCCGGCGCGAUGAGAUCCUACAAUCGCUGGGUUCUCUGGCCCGGGUUCCAUCUUUUCGUUGGGAUGGUGGCAAGUGCCUUCAGCCGGUGCCGGCCGAUGCCCCUGUUUUGGAGGCCAGAGAUGUCAUCUGGGCCGAUGACAUUGCGGUGCCCAAAUUCUGUGCUCACGCGGCCGAACUCCCUGUUGCUGUUCGGCGAGAAGCGACUGCUCUGGCUGAGGCUUUCUUUGAGUUUGGUUUCCGUUUGUCGUACGGUGACCACAAGACUGCCGCCCUGAUCUCCGCAUGUGGCCAUGGCAGUAGGAAGACUAGGCGGGACCUUUUCGGUCAAGGCGGGCCCAAGGGUGGCAUUCCUUUGCUCUUCGAAAAUCUCUCGGCCGCCCGCCUACCUCUGCCGCUCCGAUAUAAGCAUUUGGGUGUGCAGCAGAUGCCCCUGGGAGGAAUGCUAGAGGAGCUCCGUUUCCGCACCUCUCAAGCACGCAGUGCUUUUGCUGAGGCGAGGCGCAAGGUCUUCCGCUCCAGAGCCAUCCCGUUGCGCCGAAAAGCCAUGAUCUUGGCGUCUACUGUGCUUUCUAAGCUCUUGCUCGGGGCCGGGUCAUGGCCGCCUUUGAAUAAGCGUGAGGAGAGACUCUUCGAUGGCACCCUUUGGAGCUUGUACCGUAGCGUUCUGGGCAUUAAAUUUGCCGAGGACCAGCACAUUACCGCAUCCACGUGCUUUGCCCUGCUUCAGAUGCCGGACCCUGGGGUGACGCUCCGCUGCUCCCGACUGUCGUACUUGGCCCAAAUGUUGCGUGCUGCCCCUGACCCCCUUUGGGCUAUUGUCAGAGCUGAUCUGCCCUACAUGGAGCUUUUGUGGCAGGACCUCAGCUGGCUUUACGCUUGGUGCCACUGUACCAUGGAUUGGCCCCACCCUCGCGCCGACUGGGGCUCAUGGGCGACGGGCAUCGUGCGUUUCCCAGGCAGAUUCAAGGGUUUCUGCAAACGCGCUAGGCUCCUGACAGUCUACCAGCACACUGUCCGAGCCGCCCUCGACGGGCUCCAUCGAGCGCUCUGUAUCAUAUCCAAUAUCCGCCCAGACGCUCCCGCUGAUUCUGCUGGUACAGAGCAUACUGAGCUCUGCCUGCCGUGUCGACGCAGCUCUCCUUGGUCUCAUGGUUGCGCCAAGCUUUUUGCCUCGCGCCACAGGCUCCGUCGUCACUUGGUGACGAGCCAGCACUGUGUUGCCAACUGGGGUGCUUGGCGCCAGGUCAGCCACGGCAUGGAGGAAACCGAUUUCUCCCCCACCCUUCUUGCUUCCCUUGAGGAGCUCGAUGGCUGUACCGAAGAAGAGGUGUGGGAAGUUGUCGAGGGCGUCAUUGAGCCCUUGGCGGUUCUGCGCGCCACUGUCCUCUGCUGGAGGAAUGCGCACCAGGCCUCGGAGUGGCAUGCUAUGGUUGCGGAGAAUGUUCUGCUCCUCCUGGACCCAGCUGUGCUUGCUGAUUCCAAACAAGCGACCAAACCUCGCCCCCCUAAACGUUGGGACGUGCCACCUGAGUGGACUCUGCCGGGCGCAGCCUCCCUUGCUUCGCAUGGGGAGCGCGUGACAAGAACCGUCACAGCUCCACCGCCUGCCGUUUUGCCACCCUACGGCCCACGCUCUAUGCCGAUUCGACUGGCAUUCGCCUACGCCCUGUGGCUUGAAGACGUCACCAGGAUCCUUGCUGAGGCAAACGCCUUCGUGUUGCCAAGCUUCGCCAGAGCCAGCUCAGGUCUCGGUCCAAGCAUCGUCGCCGACGUCACCGUCAACGCAAAGCCAUUCGACCUCUCUCUCAACACAGGCCGCACCGUCUACGCUGCGGCUGGCCCAGCUCAGCAGGACCGCUCUACCCCGGAUGAUCUGCCUACUGAAUCUCCACCGCCACUCUCGCGGCGGUCACCUGUACCCUCUCGCUUCCAUUAUCUCAGUUGGAAUGCCGGAGGCUUCUCCAGCUCCAGAUAUCAGCAGCUCGGUCUUUGGCUGCAGCAGCGAGCCCAGCACUUAAGUCUGGUGGCCAUCCAGGAAACCCAUUGGAGCUCCGACUGGACCUUUCGUACCCAUGGCUGGAAUGCUUUUCAUUCACCGAGCACCGACAGAGUCUCGGGAAUCCUCAUCCUGCUCAAUAUGAGGUUCUUUCGGCCGGACCGCAUCCAGUUCUGCGAACUUAUUCAAGGACGCCUGGUACAUGUUAGGCUUGAGGGCGAACCCUCUAUGGACGUCCUGAUUGUAUAUCAGUUCCUUUAUGCGAGCUCAACUGCACACCCAGGACAGGAAGGACUGGACCGCUCCCUUGAAAGGCGCGCCAAUCUGUGGGCCAAACUUCAUCACAAGCUUGCGGGUCUCCCAGCCCGCAAUGGGCUUCUGCUGACAGGCGACUUCAACUGUGACCUUCAUUCGGAUGGCCAGUACGUUGGAAGCGGCCUCAGAACCCGGCUCAGCCGACCACAGCCUGACCAAGACUCCUUUCAGAACCUCCUUCACACCUUCUCUCUCCAAGCGCCGAACACAUGGCGAGGUGCG